AUGUAUAAUAGAAGUCUAUCAAACAGGGAGACGUGUGAUAGAGAAUGGCUAGUGCAUUCGAAAGAGCUUGACAAAGUCUUUUGUUUUUGGAGUAAACUUUUUAGACAAAGGUACAAGAAAGGCGGGUUGGAUAAUGAAGGAUAUUCGGAUUGGAAGCAUGCUUCUCAGGGUCUUAAAGACCAUGAAGUUAGCUUUGAACAACUCAAGCAUAUGCAUCAAUGGCUUGAAAUGCGUCAAAGGUUGGAUAGCAAUGAAACAAUUGACAAAGAAGCAUAUGAGCAUUUCAAAAAAGAAAAAGAUUAUUGGAAAGAAGUGAUUUUUAGGAUUAUUGCUCUUGUGAAAUUUCUUGCUAAACAUGGUUUAGCUUUUCAUGGGUCAAACGAGAAGUUGUAUCAAAAAAGCAAUGGAAACUUUUUGGGAUUGGUUGAGAUGUUGGAAGAGUUUGAUCCGAUUAUGAAAGAACACGUGCGACGUAUUUUGAAUGAUGAACUCCAUAUACACUAUCUUGGGCACAAUAUCCAAAACGGGUUGAUACAAUUAUUAGCUGAUCAAGUUAAAACAGAAAUCAUCAAAAGGAUAAAACAAGCAAAGUAUUACUCCAUCAUACUCGAUUGCACGCCUGAUAUAAGCCACCAAGAGCAAAUGUCCAUAAUUGUGAGGUAUGUGAAUUUUAACUCUAAUUUUGUGACAAUUGAGGAAUCUUUUUUAGGUUUUUUGGUUGUUGAUGAUACCACCGGUAAGGGACUUUUUGAUGUUAGAACUAAGGAAUUAGAGUCUCUAGGUCUUCAUAUUGUUGAUAUGCGUGGUCAAAGCUAUGAUAAUGGGGCGAACAUGAAAGGAAAACGUAGUGGAGUUCAAAGUAGAUUUCUAGAAAAGAAUCCUAGAGCUUUGUAUAGUGCUUGUGGUUGUCAUAGUCUUAAUCUUGUGUUGUCUGACAUGGCAAACACGAUUACUAAGUCUAGGGUAUUUUUUGGAACAAUACAACAGAUAUAUACUAUUUUUGCCAAUUCUAUUAAUAGGUGGCAAAUUUUGAAAGACAAUGUUAAAGGAUUGACUCUUAAAUCAUUGUCUGUCACUCGUUGGGAAAGUCGGAAAGAUAGUAUUAAGCCUAUUAGAACUCAACUUGUAGAAGUAAGAAAAGCUUUGAAAGAAGUUAGUGUCUCGGAUAGAGAUCCUAAAAUUCAAAGCGAAGCUAGAUCACUUGAAAAGCAUGAGGUUGGUGACUAUGAAUUUUUGGUACAAAUCGUCAUUUGGUAUGAAAUAUUAUCAAAUGUGAAUGUGGUGAGCAAAAAGUUGCAAUCAAAGGAUGUGGUCCUUGAUGUUGCUAUUGAUGAAGUAGACAAAUUGAUUAAAUACUUCAAAAAUUAUAGAGAAGUUGGGUUUUUAAAGGUGAUUGAUGAAGCUAUAGAAAUUGCCAAUGAAUUAGAUUCGAUCAAUAUCAAAAAUUCGAAAAACAUAUUUGGGUUUUUGUUUCCUAAAAAGUUGAAAACACUUGAUGAAAAAGAUCUUAAGGCUCGUUGUUAUCAUCUUCAAGAUGCAUUUAAAUAUAAAGAAGAAUCGGACGUUGAUGCUAAAGAACUUUAUUUGGAGUUAAAGUUGAUUAGGACCUUCUUACCGAGUCACAUUGUUAGCCCUAUUAAUGCUUUAAACGAUAUCAUGUGA